AUGAAUAUGAAAACAAAGAGUUUGUUGGAUCAUGAUUCUAAGAGAAGCCAAGAGCUUCAACAUGGUUCACAGAACAACCCAAAAAAUUGUGUCAUAGUAAGAAAGUACAUCCCUGUUGCAGACAGAUCUCAUGUUCUUGAGAUCACUACCGGAACUGAUGUAUUAAAAUGUCUAUUUGAUUACAUUUAUUGUCGAGGGAGGGGCAUCACCAUCCUCAGUGGAAAUGGAGAGGUGGCUAAUGUCACCCUUCGUCAACCCACGGGGAGAAUUGAAACCUUUAUGGGAAGGUUCAAUAUUCUGUCAAUAUUUGGGACCAUUCACCCACCGAUGACUCCGGUAAGUGAAGGAGGAUUAGAAGUUUUCUUAGCAAGCACUACAGGACAAAUAAUUGGGGGAAGUGUUAUGCCCCCUCUGGUGGCUUUGGGUCCAGUGGUGUUGGUGGUUGUUUCCUUUGCAAACAUUGCAGAUGGCCAAAUGGAAGAAGGCGAUGUUGACUUGUUCAAUGGUGGAGAAUCAACAUCUGAAAUGAGUAACGUCGUCAAACGUCCCUUAUUCUCUCGUCUCUAG